CAUUGUUUACUACUGCGUUAGAAGGAUAAAAACUGCGUGGAACAAUUGGGUGUACCCGUAUAUCGUGAUUAAGCGAUAGACCGCAAAAGACGAAGGCUGGGCUUUUUUACUUGUUAAUUCUUGCACGGUAAAUGCGAACAAGUCACUAGCGCUAUUCACGAUGGCGGCGGCCUUCUUUAUGUUGCUCGCUGCCGUGCCUCCUUUUCAGUACAACCUCAUGGUGAUCGGUAGCGUAGCGCGGUUUUAGAAUUUGUUUUUUCCAUUAUGAAGUUUGUCAUCGGCACUUCUGGCUUCAACAUUGCGCGAUUACAUCUUGCUGUUUUGUGCGCAACAGCCAUGGCAUCGGUGUCGUGCUUGGUUGUUGUCUCAAGCGCGGAUAUUGUACGAAAGUUCACGUUGAGUGACGCGCGUCUCAGCACGUUGAAAGCAGCAGUUCAAGAAUGUUCAUUGCUGUCGCCGGUGGUGAACGUAGACAAGGACAGAUUUCAGGUCUUCGACGAAGUAUUUCAAAGGAACAUAGACGUAGUGGACGAGGAUCUCAUCGCUGACAAGUCUCAAGUGUUUGUGUUGACUGCUGUGCGUCCAACCGCAGUGGAAAUACCUGAAACCAUCCACUCAUCUGUUGUUACUGAAAGUCACGGUGACAACGAACCUGGUGACCGUGAUGGCAGGGACCAUGAAAUGCCGGACUUUACUACAAUGAAAGAAAAGAUGGAGGAAGGGUCACUGUCGGCAUCAAUGCACAGAAGGAUUGUGGAAGAACUAUACCAAUCAAUGGUCCGCUGCACGCUGUAUGUGUGUUUGCCUUGUUAUCAGGGAGUUUAUAGCAGGCAUUCAAAUUAGUGAUGGCAUAUUUCACAACAGUGGAUUUCUAUUAUAUUGUAUAGGUAUCCUUCCGCAAAGUUUUACGGGAAGGUUGCGAGCACGCUUGUAUCACAGUACCGUGGCCUAGCUGACUCAAAUGGCAGUGGUUACGUGAGUUUCUUACAUCCCUACACUAUGCUCAUUAUGCUAUGUAAACUGGCAC